UCCCCCCUGCCGGUGGUGGCCUGGGACAGCUGCCACAUCCUCUCCACCGAGCCAGGAAUGUGCAGCUCCCCCCGACAUGGGGCUGGGCAGGAUUCAGACCCUUGAGGCGGGCACUGCUGAGGGGACCUGCCUGCCCUGGGGGCCACCGGUCACUGCUGGGGGGGGACACAGGGCACCGCUGGAGGUGUUUGCAGGGGGACACCCCCUUUCCAUAACCCAUGGCCACAUGGCUUUCCACUAUGGGGCCAUACAUCCUUUUCUGGGGGAUAUGGGGGAACGGAGGCCAUCAUUUUGCCCCCAACCCCAAUUCCACACCCCACCAACAGCACGAAACGCCACGGGAGCUGCCCAGCACACCGCCACCACUCCGCUGGUGGUGGACGGGGGGGGGACAGGAUGGGACGCGGGCUGCCUCCCACCCCUCCCUGCCCCGCAUUGCUGCUGGGAGCAGCUGACGGGGUUGGGGACAGCUGUCCCAUCCCGCCGGGCGCCAGGCCCAGAAGCUCGGCGUGCAGGCGGCCGAGCGGAGCCCCAGCCCCUGCGCCCCACGGCUCCGCCAUGCGCGGCCUCCUCCUCGCCCUCUGCGCCCUGGCAGGUGUGAGCUGCAGGAACCAGGAGGAGAAGCUGCUCCAGGACCUGAUGACCAACUACAACCGGCACCUGCGCCCGGCCCUGCGCGGGGACCAAGUCAUCGAUGUCACCCUCAAGCUCACCCUCACCAACCUCAUCUCCCUGAACGAGCGGGAGGAGACCCUCACCACCAACGUCUGGAUCGAGAUGCAAUGGUCCGAUUACCGCCUGCGGUGGGACCCCGAGCACUACGACAACAUCCAGCUGCUGCGGGUGCCCUCCACCAUGGUCUGGCUGCCCGACAUCGUCCUGGAGAACAACAUUGACGGGACGUUCGAGAUCACGCUCUACACCAACGUGCUGGUGUCCCCCGACGGCAGCAUCUACUGGCUGCCCCCCGCCAUCUACCGCAGCUCCUGCUCCAUCCACGUCACCUACUUCCCCUUCGACUGGCAGAACUGCACCAUGGUCUUCCAGUCCCAGACCUACAGCGCCAACGAAAUCAACCUGCUGCUGACGGUGGAGGAAGGCCAGACCGUGGAGUGGAUCUCCAUCGACCCCGAAGCCUUCACAGCACCUCUCCCCACACCGUGCCCAGCCCUCCUCAUCCUCCCACCCGUGCUGGGGGCUGGCAGUGUCCCCAAAAGGACACGAGGACUCACCUGGUGGCAUCCCUGCGUGGCAGAGAACGGCGAGUGGGCCAUCAAGCACCGCCCCGCGCGGAAAAUCAUCAAUUCGGGGCAUUUCACCCCAGACGACACCCAGUACCAGCAGGUGGUCUUCUACCUCAUCAUCCAGCGCAAGCCCCUCUUCUACAUCAUCAACAUCAUCGUGCCCUGCGUCCUCAUCUCCUCCAUGGCUGUGCUCGUCUACUUUCUGCCUGCCAAAGCGGGCGGGCAGAAAUGCACCGUCUCCAUCAACGUGCUCCUGGCCCAGACCGUUUUCCUCUUCCUCAUCGCCCAGAAGGUGCCCGAGACCUCCCAGGCGGUGCCGCUCAUCGGGAAGUACCUGACCUUCCUCAUGGUGGUGACGGUGGUGAUCGUGGUGAACGCCGUCAUCGUCCUCAACGUCUCGCUGAGAACGCCCAACACUCACUCCAUGUCCCAGAGGGUGCGCCAGGUGUGGCUGCACCUCCUGCCCCGUUACCUGGGCAUGCACAUGCCGGAGGAGGCGCCGGGGCCGCCGCGAGCCUCCCGGCGACGCAGCUCCCUGGGGCUGAUGGUGAAAGCCGACGAGUACAUGCUGUGGAAAGCCCGGACCGAGCUGCUCUUCGAGAAGCAGAAGGAGAGGGAUGGGCUGAUGAAAACCGUGCUGGAGAAGAUCGGCCGUGGGCUGGAUAGCGGCUACGCUCAGGACUUCUGCCAGAGCCUGGAGGAGGCAGGCCCCGAGAUCCGGGCUUGUGUCGACGCCUGCAACCACAUCGCCAACGCCACGCGGGAGCAGAACGAUUUCAGCAGCGAGAACGAGGAGUGGAUCCUGGUGGGGCGGGUGAUCGACCGCGUCUGCUUCUUCAUCAUGGCCUCCCUCUUCUUCUGCGGCACCGUCGGCAUCUUCCUCAUGGCUCACUUCAACCAGGCGCCCGCCCUGCCCUUCCCCGGGGACCCCAAGCCGUACCUGCCCCAGUGACACCCGACCAGGUGAUGCCAGGGGCUGGAUGUCCCCAAAAUCUCCGUGCCCGGCUUCCUGGGGACCGGGGUGGCAGGGCUCUGUCACCCCCCUGCCUGUGGGGGUGAUGGGGAGCACGGGGUGGCUGUGGUUGUGCCGAACAUGGAAGUAAACCUCGUGGCAGUCUCGUGGGC